AUUAGUCCAACCCUAAUCAAUGCGCACCCUGGACCGAUGGCGGGAGAAAUGUUUACUAUGUAACGACGUUUAAAAAUAGUUAAAGAAACACUCAACUCUGUAUCUAGGCCCCAAAAGUUGUAAACCUAUAUUAUUUCUAGAUUAAAUGAGCAUCACCUUAAUUUGAAAUUUUCCCUCUAAUCAAAGACUGAUGGCAAAAACAAGGACACUUUACCAAGAAGAUUCGACCAGUGAUAUUGAUUCACCUACUCUCAGCAACAGUAAUGACCUGGCCAACAUAAGCCCUCCCCAAGUCAUGCCAAAACUCUCCCCCAAAGUGUUCAACAAAGAGGAAGGCAGUCCUGUUCAGACCAUUUCUCACACCGGGACCGGAUGCUCUUCAUUACUUGCUGAUGCAAGUUCAUUUGAAGAAAGUUUUAAUAGCUUCCUGAAGAAGAAUAUGACUUCACCAGAGUAUUUGGACUCCUCUGAAAAUGCUACAUUUACAAGGUGCAAAAGAACAGACUCCAAGUUUCUAGAAAAUAACAAUAUCAAGUUUUGCAAAGAGAAUAUACCUUUCCGAGACAUUAUUAAAGAUUCUCCACAUCGUAGAAAUAAAUAUCUUGGUGCAUCCCAUCACAAGCCUACUGUAACAGUGGUUUCGUGGAAAGAAGAAACCACUUCAUUAAAAAAAACAAGACGAUCAAAUUGUGGAAAAGGCUCAGAAAAUCGGGGUACAAAGGAUUCAAAUGAUCUUCAUGAUUUGGUAAUGAUGGGUAAUAGUAACCCAUCCUUGAUUUCAGAGGAUGGUCAAGCACCUAUGGCUGUUGAACCUGAAGAAAUUAAUCAUUCGGUUGAAACAGAGGAAGAAUAUGUAGCACCAAAGAGGAGGAAACUAGGACGGCCAUUCGGAAGCAAAAACGUGCCAAAGAAAUUAACUAAAACGAAACAUUCAAAACGAAUAAAAUCGGAGAAUCAACGUGUCAAACAGGAUUCAGGGGCGACUGAUGGCGAGGACUCUCGCUACAGUUUUGGGAUAGGACAGGAUGUGUUAGCAAGGUGGAACGAUGGCCUUUUUUAUUUGGGUUCUGUACAAAAAAUUGAAAAGAACAAAUCCAGGUGUUUUGUUCGGUUUGAAGAUCAGUCAGAAUAUUGGAUUCUGUUUAAAGAUCUGCAGAAAGGUGCCAAAGACGAUGAAAUUAGUUGCUGUGUGUGCCAAACUGACCAAUCAGAGAAGCCAAACGAAAUUGUCCUGUGUGACAAUUGUGGUCUAGGUUAUCAUCAGGCCUGCCACAACCCCACUAUCGGUGAUGACGUGCUGGCCCCUGACGUAGAGUGGUGCUGCAGACUCUGUAUAUUUGCUACAGCUGUAAAGGAGGGUGGAGCAUUGAAAAGUGGCCCAGAUGCCACAGCAUUACAGCAGAUGAAGCAGACUUUCCCAUACAAGCUUGAGACCUUGACCUGGGAUGUGCAACAUAAGGUCAAUGUGGAGCAGUGCUACUGUUACUGUGGGGGACCGGGCGACUGGCACAAGAAGAUGUUACAGUGCUGUAGAUGCAGACAGUGGUUUCAUGAAGCCUGCAUCCAGUGCUUGGAGUACCCCCUGGUAUUUGGGGACAGAUUCUACCUGUUUGUGUGCUCACACUGUAACAAGGGACCAGAGUACAUCAAGCGACUAGAGAUGACUUGGGCCGACCUAACACACCUUGCUCUCUUCAAUCUGACCAUCCAGCUGAAAACCAAGAAGAAAUACUACAGUUCAGAAGACAUUGUGGAGUUCAUCACAGUGAACUGGGAGAAACUCCAGCUCUCACAGUUUGAAAGUGUACCAGACCAUGAAAGGAUUGAAAGAGUGAAGAAAUCUCUAAAAGAGGAACAUAAACGCUUUGGUUGUGGAGAGAAUCGACGGAACUCGAUGUACACACUGAAGUUGCGGGCCCCGCCCUCAGUCCCGACCCUUAUCCUCCCCCUGGAGGGACAGGUCACGGACGAGGUCCUACAGAACCUUCAGCUGACCGGCAACAAGAAGGUCAAGAAGUUCAUCCCCAUUAUCUGCAAAUCUCCAGUACCUCUGAAUUAUAGAGGCGGUAUGCUUGAAAUUCAUGACAGCAUUGCCUUGAAAUCAAGAAAGAAUUUGUCACUGGCCAUUACAAAGAAUGUGGAGGUCAAUCCUUACAGUGCUAAUCAGGAGUACAAGGGUUACACAGGAAAGAACUACUCAGUAAAAAGUCGCAAACACUCUGGGACCCUAUCAUCUCUGAUUCCAGUGCCGGAAGAUUACGAUGGAUACAACCAUCCAUUUCUGACGGAGUGUGAACAGAAUCACCAGAAAGCCCUGGCCAGGAGGAAACAUGAUCUACAGAAGUACUUGUUCUACACAACAGAACUCAACAUCCCCACAGAGGAUUCUUCUCAAGAGGAGACCAGCGUAGCCAGUCCUGAGGCGCCAGAGGAAAAGAAAUCACGUAAGCGGAAACAUCUGGAUGAAUCGGCCGUGUUAACAUCAAAGAGGAGGCGAGUGACCGUGUCACAGGAGGCGGAAAAGAAUUACGUGGAGGAAUUACUAGAACAAUCUGACAGCGUUAAAACGGACAUGAGUCUAUGUUUUGAUACUGUAGAAAAAAUGAAAAAGGGGGAGAAGUAUUUUGUUGGGGGUAAACGGACUGUUGGUGGUUGUAUUCAGUAUUUAGUUAAAUGGGAGGGGCUUCAUACAAAGUGACCAUUGUCUUAUCAUAGUUGUAUCCUUAUUGUAUCCUAUUUUACUUCAUUCAAAAGCUGUUUUACUUACUAUUAGAGAAUUUUUAAUUUCUUUUAGAUAGGGGUAUUCAGUUUUAAUGAGUAUCGCUGCAUGAAAUAUUUCAUAUUUUAAUCAUAUCCACAGUUAUGUACAUGAAUUUCAUUAUUAUGCUCUUUAAAUUUUAUACACAAGCUUUGAUGGAAAAUUAAAUGAAUUUAGGAU